AGACCCUUCCAGGUCUAUUUUACUUUAUUUAACCCUUCAAUUCUGUAUUCAAAACAAUGUCUGGUGUUAAUGUUUUCUUCAAUUAAGUCCUCAUAGCUUGGAUGUGGUGGUUCUCUUCUCUACAGAAGGAUUCCUCUGUGCUUCUUUCCGCGCAAAUCCCAUCCAACCAAACACCAGGUGCUGGUUGUGUGUUCCAACAUAUGAAAUUCUCUAUUCUUCCUAUCUCCAUUGCGGGCUCAAUGAAUAUUUGUACUUGAGAUCUCAUGUGCCAUGGCACCCAUUGAGGGCCAGGAUGCCCCUUUGAAAGCAACAGUACAUGGAUCGCAGCAAAGUUUGAAAACAGAGGCACAACCUCCCACACUCACCAACCAUAUUCUCUCUCUCUUCUCACGUUGCAAUUCAAGCUCUUUUGUUGCCAUUACUGGAGGCUUAUUUGCUUGCUUGUAUGUUGUGUUUGGGCGAUUGGCGUUGCUUUUCAUUGGUGCUGUUGGCGGCGCAAUAUUACAUGCUUGGUGGGAGGAAUGGAACGAUAGCCCUGGCGAGAACAAGGCCAAUGAGGCGCUUCGAAGGCGCCGGGAGCUGGGCAUCGAACUUGCCGAACGGCUGAUGCGAUCGGACGUAAUAUCAAUGGAAUCGACUCCGGCUGAGCAUCCAUCUGUUGCUAAGAUACAGAAUGGUGAGCCCGAUCUUUCCACAUUGCAUCCUGCCCCAGCCGCAGCUUUGGAAGCGGUCGUGAAUGCUGUAAUCAAAGACUAUAUCCGGUGGUGGUAUGACCCAAUUUUGCCUUCUGAAACAAAUUUUCCGCGCGCAUGUCGCGAGUCUCUGGUCAGCUUUAUCCAUUCUGUGUCUGUCCACCUUUCACGCAAGAGGCCUGCGGAACUUUUUCUUCAAUUCGUUAUGAAUUCUUCCUCGAUCAUGAUUGUGUUUUUGAGCGAGAUAUCCAUUGCUCUUGGCCCCGCAAAUGCAAAUGCUACCUCUGUAGCCGAUGCUAUAAAUAUAUACCUAGAGGAGUUCCCGGAGAGUGGUCUAGCAAAUAUUGUCUCCAUUGAAGAACAGCGAAAACGGCUGAGAGUUAUGGCUAGUGAACUGCUGAAAAACUUCCUUGAUUCGACUGCCUACGACUGUGCGCCGGUACAAAUUUUUCUCCGCGAAAUAGUCACGGGAGUGAUAUUCGAAUCCAUUAUCAAAACGUGUUCGGCACCGGAUUAUAUAAACGGCUGGAUCAUUCAUCUACUUGAAGGAGGCGAGCCCGAAUUUAUCAAUGCGAUAGAUGCUGGAUUGGAUGCCCUGGACAAAGUUAGUGACACGCAACUGAACCCUGGACCCACAGACAUUUCACCGGCGCACGGCGACCCAGAUUCAAUAAUAACCGAUCGAGAGUCACCAAACCCCAAGACCCGUCAUAAUUUGGCCACAACGGUGUUGACCGGAUCUGAUCCAAUGGGGGUUCCGAGUACAGAUGAAAGCGGAAAGGCACAUUGCAGAAACCAAAGUAUUAAUGGCAUGGUGAGUCCUGAAAACACGGUAGUCCAACAUGAAAAGAUGGGAAAUCAUAGCGAGGCUCUUUGCCAGGCAACUUCUGCUACAUUGGAUAGUGGUGAAGGGGUAAGUUCUGGGAUCAUCAGCCUGCCUACUUUCACUACAAUAGAAGGUGCCUCCGUGUCUCCGGGCUCUAUGGAUGGCUGUCACAUUUCAAAAGCUUCCAAUGGAACCUCUCCUCUCAUCCAAAAUAGAGGUCAUACUCCCUCAGCCGAAGCACUGGCUGCCACACCGUCCGCAGCAAAAUUACUUCAUGCGUCGAUAUCAAUUCUUGAGGACUUUGCUACACACGAUGAUGGAAUCAUGCGUUCCAAGCCUACCACCGAAUAUCUAGUACAAGUCGAGCCCAAAUGCUCUCAUCUCUCUGGCUGGAUGAUUGCAAGGCAAUACACCGACUUUGAAUCGCUUCAUGAGACUUUACGGCGCAUAUCGGUAGUUUCCGGCGUCACUCAAUUUUCAAUGCGACAUCCUAAUCUGCCGGAUUGGAAAAAUCGCAAUGCGGAGGACUUGCGUGGACUCCUUGAAAAUUACUUACAAGACGCGUUACAUCAUGAAGCCCUUGCUGAAUCUGAAGGUUUGAAAAGGUUUUUCGAGAAAGGGUUGGGGGCUGGUUUUCCAUCCAUUUCCGUUCCGACGAGGAUUGGUUCUGUUUUCCGCAAUCCUGCAGUACUGGAAAACAUGGGCAAGGGGGUUUUGGGAGUUAUAAGUACUGCCCCUAAGGGGGUCGCUGAAGGGGGGAAAGCGGUGCUGGGAGGUGUAUCCGGCUUUUUUGGUUCUACAGCCUCCGGGGCGAAGAGAAGACGGGCCGAAAGCCCAACAUCUCGAAGUCGGCCAGAAUUCGAGGAAACGAUAGCAGACCAUGCCAAGUCCGCAAUCACUGAAUCUCAUUGGGAUCGCUCCAGCCGACCUGAGCUGGAAGAUCACGGAGAUAGGCUUGUUAUGUCUCAUUCACAGUUAGCUAAGGUAUCAGACGAACCCCCCACAACGUAUUCCUCCUCUUUCACUCAGUCAGUCAGUGCUGGUCCUUGGAAAAGUGGGGAAAUUGAGCCUAUUUCAGACCAUGGAGUUGCUUUCCCAAAUGAUUCAACACUGCAUUUGUCUUGUGAAUCAUUUACGAGACAAGAGAGAAUUGUACCUCAUCGGGGUGAAACGCAAAGUACCACCAUAACGACAAUCCAAAGCGCACAAGGGAACGAAACUCUUAAUCCCAAAACCUGCGAACCCGCCGAGAUACAUCGGGAAGGCAAGGCUGUCGACUCCAAAUCCAAUCCGCAUGCAGCUCUUUCAGAAGAGGAGGCUAUCAUGGUCGUGGAAUUGUUGUUUGCGGUUGUUAAUGAGAUUUAUGGUCUAUCUUCAGCCUGGAAAUUUCGAAAGCGUUUGUUACAUGCAGCCAAAGCCUUUCUUCUCCGCCCAGGGAACCCAAACCUCGAAGCUAUUAGGCUGCUUAUCCAGGAUUCGAUCAUAAAGGACAAUACAACGCAUGAAACUUUGGCAGACUACAUCAAUAUGUUGCGCGAAUCAUGUUUUUCUGCACAAAAUAAUGGUGAACCUGCCACCCCGCUCACACUAACUGAGAAGGAUCGGAAGAAAAUGCAGGAAAGGGCUCGAAGUUUAUUGAUUGAAAACGGCAUGCCCUCUGCACUGAUUAGUUGCAUGGGCAGCAAUGCAACAAGUGAGGCUCUUGGGCGGAUUUUUGAUAGUCUUCAAAUAGAAUCUGUCGCAAGAGGCUUUGUCUGUGCUGUCCUGCUGCAAGCGCUGAAAGUGAUUGUGCAGUGA